AAAUCAAGCGAAGCUAAAGACGUGUUUAAUUCAGAAUAAAUUCUAAUUAGUUUAAUUCUGUGUUUCUUAUUUACUACCUGGUCCCAUUAUAUUCCGAAAGGUUAUGGGCCCAGCACGCAUCCACUGCGCGAGUGAUAGUACAUAAUAACUAGGUAUAAAUAAGAAAAAAAACUUUUAAAGAAAUGAAUGCAAUUGCUGCUGUCUUUGUUCUGUCGAUUUUCUCCGUGUGAUUGAGCAGAAGGCCGAUGCUUUAGCUGAGGUGCAUAUACAGGUGCCUUAUUACUCUUCUGGGAGACGAGAAAAUUUAGAAGAACAAUGGUUUCGGAACAAAGUUGCGAUGCAUUUGAACAGCGCAAAAUCGCAGAGGACAAUGCGACAGUAAGAACAGAGGAAACAGAGCUAGAAAUUUUCCAAAGAUUUCUAGACUUGUGCAACAAUACUUUUCGUCUAGACAAAGAGCAUGCUAAUGAAAAAGUAUGGGUAAAUGUACAAGAGAAUAUUGUACAUGUAAACGCAGAAUCAGGUGCCAAUUAUAAAUUAGCAAACAUUGAGUUCCGUGCUGAAGAGUGGGAAUGGAUAAAAGGUGUGAUUAAUUCAGAAACAACAGAGGACUAAGGCAUGGAGCUGCCAAAAACGCAAAUCCAGCAAGAAAAGGCAGAUGGCAUUUCUGAGGAGUUUGAUAAUCAACUCCUGUAUGACGAGGAUAUCCAUGAUGUGAACGAAAAUACAGAAAGAUGUGAAAAAGAUGUGUAUGAUAAGAGAGAUGACGUGGUUGAUCGAUCAAAAGGUGAAAUGAAGGAAGAUCUUCAAAGUUUUGCAGGACUUAAAAGAUCAUUUAAUACGAUGUGCACAACUGUCAAUAAUUUGAUGAGUAUCUGGAAGAAGCACGCUGUUUCUACUAGAAAUGCGUUAAAUAAUCUAGAGUUAUCAAAGAAUGAAAAAGACGUGAAGCUUUCUAGUUUAGAAUACAACGUUAAAGGUCUUACUGAAAUGGUUAAGACACUUAGUCAAGAAAAUAUUAUAGAAAAACAAAAUCAGCCAUCAGUAAAUAAAAAUAAUGUUGCCAAAUCUAGCACAAUUUUAUCUGGGGACGAAAGUAAUAAAAAUGAUGAUAAAAUAGCUAUAGCUGUAAGAAAAGAGUUAGAAAAAUUAAAUGCAACUUCAACUACGAGUCCGACAAAAUCAUUAGCUGAUGAAUUUAAAAAUGUUGUGAAAUUAAUUAAUAAAGAUUCCGGAGUCAAAAGAGAUUACAAACUCAAUCCUCAAAUGAAGUUUGAACAUUUUUUAUGAUUAUUUCUCGUCAAAAUUAAGAAUGCAAGAUCUACUAUAUGUAAUUGAUUCAAAAGUUGCACUGAGAUCUAGUUCACUGGAUGAAAAUUUAAAAGAAAAACACAAAUAUAAAGUAAGAGAUAUUUUAAUUAACAGAUUAGAAUUGAGUUAUUAUGAUAAAGUAGUUAAUAUGAAAGAUCCAGUUGAAAUAUUGCAAAAGAUUAAAGAAAUAAAAAGAUGUGAAACAAAUACAACGUCAGUUUCAGUUAGGCAACAAUUAUACACAAUAAAGUAUAAUCCAGCAAAAGAAAAAGCGGCACAGUUCUGGGACCGUUUCGAGGAACUCAUAAGAACUUACGAAAAUUUACCAGGUGUAAGUUUUCUGCCGGAAGAAGAGAAGAAAGACGCAUUUUAUAAUGCAAUAAUGUUACACGUCCCGCAGGUACAAAACCUAGAUUUUGUGAUUAGAAGUGCAAAGGACAAAGGCUUGUCAUACGAUGAGUUGAAAAAUUGUAUUAUGCGAGCUGAAGCAGAAAAAGUUCAAAGCACAUCCAAAAACAAUCCUAGAAUAGCUAUGUUGGCAAGAAAGCCGAAAGAUCGAUACGAUGCGAAAGAUCGAUGCUUUGAAUGUGAUGAUCAAGGCCAUCUCAGUGCAAAAUGUCCUUGGAAGGGAACCGGAUUGAAACAAUGCUACUCCUGUAAUCAGUUUGUAGAACACAAAGCUGCCGAGUGUCCAUUAAAUUCUGUAAUGAGACUAGGUCGAAAUAACACUCCAAGUAAUGUAAAUCAGAAGCAAAAUACACGAGGCAGAGGUUUUAGUAAUCGAUCAAGAGGUCUUAAAAGAAGUGCUAAUAACGAUGAGAGAUCUAAUGACCGUAAUAAAUUUCAACGCAAUAAUAAUGGCAACAGAGGCAGGGGUAAAAUAGAAGAAAUAAUUAUUUUAAGAAAAAUAAUAACUAAAACUCUCAAAAGUCAACAAAUAAUAGUAAUAAUAAAAACUGUCAAGCCAAUGCAGCCAAUGUCCAACAAACAGGCAACCAGAAUGAGUAAAAUAUUUGCUGAUUACUUAGUUAUAAUAAAAGAAAAAUUAUCUACCUCUUAUUAUAUAAUUUGUAUUUUUGUAUUUUUAUACUUGAAAAAGUUGAUAAACUAUUAGCUAAAUUUUACUAUGUUAUUUUUAUGGAGUAUGAUAUGUUAUAAUCGGAUGUAAAAGAGUCCGUGUGAAUUCUAAUAUGUAUAUCGAGAAGUACAUAGUCGGGAGGGAGUGUUGGAAUAUACAAUAAGUAUAUAGUGCGCCUAUGUAUUAUAGUAUACAUGUGACCGCUCUCCCCGUACUCUUGACUACUUCGAGAAGCUGCAUAUCGUAGCUUUCGGAGCUUGGCUCCUUACACACCAGUCUGGUCGAAAUCAAGCGAAGCUAAAGACGUGUUUAAUUCAGAAUAAA